CUGACUGCUCUUCGGCUCUGCUUCGACUGCUCUGAGAACUUCUUUGUUUUCAUACAAUAUCUUUCCUGUAAUAUCAUAGUAAAAUCGCCGUUAGGUACUCAACAUGGCUAGUGUUAACACCUCGAAGACGAAUGGGAAGAGGCGUCACUCCCAGGUUGACGGAGCGGAAGAGCAGCCCACCAAUCGUCAAAUACCAGGAUAUCCCUUCGAUUCCUCCGAUGCCGAUUGCAUUCUGCGAUCCUCGAACGAUGUUGACUUCCGAGUCCACACUCUUAUUCUAUCGCUCGCCUCUCCCUUCUUUCGAACCAUGUUCUCUCUUCCCAAGGGUGCUGCUGCCAGAAGCAUUCAAGAGGUCAACGAUGGACUGCCCAUUGUCCCGGUCUCCGAAAAUGGACGUACCUUGCACAUACUCCUGUCUUUCUGCUACCCUGUACCUCCUCCAAUUGUGAAACAAUUCCGCGACCUCACCCUGGCUUACGAAGCUGCGGAGAAGUACGAGAUGGACCGUAUGCUUCCGCACAUCGCGGACGCACUCGUCGACAAAGCAUCACAAGACGUUGUGGCGGCCUAUGCAUUCGGAUAUCGUCAUCGACUUACGGACCUCGUCAUUACCGCGGCAAAGAUCACGCUACAAAAUCCACUGUCCGACCUUGGUCGUUCUCCGGAACUCGACCUCAUCACGGGAACACAACUUCAACACCUCCAUGCUUUCCACCGUUUAUGCAGGGAGAAAGCCGUGGGCCUCGCCGACGACUGGGCGUGGGUCAAAGCCAUAUCCGCUAUCCCGCUAGCCUCCGACACGAAAAAUUGCGACUGUCAGAUUAUCAUCACUAUCCACGAUGUAAAGCCUAUUUAUGGAACAACUUCGACAUUCGAGGAGCACGAGGAGGACAAGCAGGAAUUCUAUGCUCCCGAGUGGUGGUACGACUAUAUGGACAAGGCAAAAGAGGCGCUGAAGCAUCGGCCUCUUGGCAGUACUGUCACAGACCUAUCGUUUUGUGCGUCUACAUUUGGAGCGGCAAGUAAAUGCGAUGAACCGGAUUGUGCGGAAGGCGUCCAGCUUAUGCACGAGUUCAUUGAAUUGUUUGCCCAGGAGAUCGACCAGGCUGUGGGUGAUGCUGCGCGGGGAGUCUUUCACUUGGAAUAAAUGGAGAAAGUGGUUGGUGCAAUGAUGUUUGCGUAGUAGAUCUUGAAUAUGUAUCGCAUAUUUUAUUAUUUCCGAGCGUCACUGGC